UAUACAAGAUUAAGCGAACAGCCAGCUGAUCCAGUACCAUUUCAGUACUUUGUAUUCAGAUUCAGUACUUAAAUAGAUUUCGUUUAGUAGGUUUCGUGCAAGUGCGCUGUCCGCUAACCUCACAAAACCAUAAAUAGUGAAACAGAAUAUUUUUAUUUAGAAUUUAGAACACUUUCAGUUGUUAUCGAAAUAUUUGUUGUGCUCAGUUUUGUUUAGUGUUUGCAUUAGUGCUUCGGACAGUUCUUUAAUAGAUUUGUUGUAGCCAUGAAGAUGCACAGCAUGAAACUGGCUAUGCCUCUCUUGGGGGUACUCUUAUGGGUACUUUCCAUUCACGCUGGAAUAUUUUCCGAUGCCAGCAACCAACGUUUGUUGUCCAACUUCGAAGGUUUUUUCGAGGAUUCGGAGGAGAAUUCCAUCGUGAAAAGAGAAAACAAGGUGGAAGAAGUUCUGAAAGACAUCACCAAGAAAGACCUGAACCACACUGUGAACUUUGCCAUUGACAUCGUGGGCUUCAUGAAGAGAUUGGAGAAUAAUUUGUUGUGGGCGAACAUUAAGGUGACAGAUGGAACACCUUCCCAUGGAAUGCUUAUUUCGUUUGGUCCUGAACCGGAAGCAGUAGAACGAGGAAAGGACGCCCUGGUUGCACUGAAAGCCACCAAUCAGCUUAUGCAUAUGUUCUGUGAUAAGAUAACAAAAGCUAGUUCGAAACCCUUGUCCAGCAAGGACUGCGCCAAAAUUAUGUCUAGAUUUUCGUUCCAAGGUACUGCUUUGGACCACGCCUGUGAUUUGCUCAGUUUGCCAUGUAAAAAGGAAGAGUACAAUUCGCCCUACAGAUCGUUGAACGGAAGCUGCAAUAACAUCGUGAAAGGGCAUAAGGGAGAAUCAUUCACUGGAUUUUCCAGAUUGCUUUAUGCUGAUUAUUCGGAUGGAACUCACGGUCAGCGUCGAUCUGUGACCAAGAAAGUUUUACCUAAUCCACGUGUAGUGGUCAGCUCGUUGGUGAGGUAUAACGGUAAACCGUCCAAUAAAUUUACGUUAGCGCUGAUGCAAUGGUCUCAGUUUAUUGAGCACGAUCUCAGUAGAUCAGCUACUGCAGUAGCAAUCCAUACGGAUCAUUCCAUAGAGUGUUGUAGCGAAGAAGGUGAAACCCUGUCACCUAGAUACAUCCAUCCAUUUUGUUCUCCCAUCUAUGUGACGAACGAUAAGGAUUAUUCGAAACAAGGAGUUCGUUGUUUGAAUUUUGUCCGAUCCAUACCAGCUAUCCGAUCGGAUUGCACGUUUGGGGCUUCUGAUCAGGUGAAUCAAGCUACACACUAUUUGGACGGAUCCCAAAUCUACGGGUCGACCGAUCAAAAAUCCGCAGAACUGCGUGCGUUCAAGGACGGAAAAUUGGCAACAACCACUUACGAAGGUCACUCGUUUUUGCCGCUGUCUAAAGAUCCCACUCACGAUUGCCAAAUAUUCUCCAAGAAUUCCGUGUGCUUUAAUAGCGGAGACGCCAGAGUCAAUUUUCAACCACAGCUAGCUCUUAUGCACACGUUAUGGUACAGGGAGCACAACAGAGUUGCCGAUAUGUUGGCUAAAGUGAAUCCUAGCUGGAAUGACGAGACGUUGUUCCAAGAAACUCGGAGGAUUAUCAUUGCGGAAAUACAGAAAAUAACUUACGACGAAUGGGUUCCAGCUGUAUUGGGCAAGUCAGAGAGCGCCAAAAUGUCAGCUAACGCCUACAACAAAUUAACUGAAGCCACUGUGUCGAACUCGUUUGCUACCGCUGCCAUGCGCUCGAUCAAAUCAUUAUCCGAUGGAAAGCCAAAACUUUAUGAUGAAGACAGGCAAACCAAUGAGUCGAUUUUCAUGAGAAACUAUUUCCACAAUCCUGCAGUACUCAGACAGGCGGGAGUUGCGGAUUCUCUGAUUAGAGGUUUAGCCACACAACCUAGUCAGAAAUUAGACAUCUAUUUUGCAGAUGAUUUAAUCAACAAAUUAUACACUAAUGGUCACUAUGGAUUUGACGUGCUGAGUUUUGACGUUCAAAGAGGCAGAGACCACGGACUUCCGGGAUACAACAACUUCAGAGCUUUUUGCGGUUUGAAGAAAGCCAAAACGUUUAGUGGCUUCAAAGAUGUCAUAUCUCCGGAGAAUGUUGCAACAUUGUCACAUGUCUACGCAAGUCCUCACGAUGUCGAUCUGAUUAUUGGUGGAUUAUUAGAAAAACCGAAGAAAGAUGCGUUAUUUGGUCCAACGUUUUCUUGCAUAGUUAACGAACAAAUGGCAAGGACACGCAAAGGUGACAGAUACUUUUAUGACAAUAACAAACAACCAAAACCAUUCACUAAAGAUCAGUUAGCCCAAAUCAAGAGGGCGACAUUAGCUAGAAUUAUGUGCGACAACGGAGACGAUAUUAAAAAGAUGCAGCUGAAAGUGUUUGAACAUGUGGGAACAAGCAAUCCAUUGCUUGACUGUUCUUCAGACGAAAUACCAAAGUUGGAUCUCGCAUACUGGGCGAUGCUAGAAAACACCCAACCGGAAACUAGAGCUAUCUGAAAGUAUUCGUACAAAAAAAGACUGAUAUUAUAGUUGUUUAUAUUUAAUUUCGAUAUAUUAUAAUAAAAUAGAUAACGAUUAAAAUAUGACAUAAAUAUAUGGAUUAUCAACAGCCUGGUCAUUCGCAAUCUAUGGUCUAUACUUUAAUGAGUCAGACAAACAUAAAAUAGUUCUUUUAUAUUUUAGAGCUUCAAAGAAAUGCAGGGUUGCUGGUUCCUACGUGCGAUCGGCAUGAUUUAGGAUUAAGGUAGAUAAAAAUAAUGAUAGAAUUAAGCAGGGCCACCAACAGAGUGUAAAAUAUUAUGUCAGGUAUUAGAACUGUAGCAAAAUUAUUUUAAUUAUUGAUAUUUAACGUUCUAACUCUUGCUGCAUUAAUACCCGCAACACUUUCUUGGUCGUUAUUAAGUAUUUUAACGGAAAACCGGCAAUACCGCAUAGAAGUAUCUCUCUGUAUCUCCAUCGUUUUCUAACAUAUUAAAAUCUUAGACCAAAGAAUUAGAAUGGCCAGGUCUGUAUAUUAUCGGGCAUGAUUGUCUGAUAUCAUUUAAGACUGCAUAAAUACGAAUACCUUCAUCUUUACUUACUGGGGCUAUAAAAUGAUGAAAAUAUUGUAAUAAGCUUCCUGAAAGUAACUGAUGUAUAAAUAUAAAAAAAAGAUGUCAUAUCUUAAUAAAUUAGUAGAUUAAACCUAUCUAGUAUUUAAAUAUGUAUAGAAUAUUGAUCAGUUCAAAUAAUUAUUGUUCGCUGUUAAGCUAUAUUAGCUUACAGGUUGAUAUAAUAGUACUUAGAUUUUUUGUACUUACUUCUAUUUAAUAAAGAUGAGAAUAUAAAAUA